AUGGCCUGGAUUGCAGCUAUUGGAAGACCAAAUAUAACGUUCCAGAACACUCCACCUCACAUGUUAGUCUGCUCCAAGCAUUUCCUCAAAGGCAAACCAGCCUACAAAAUGAUGGAAAGCGAUCCAGACUGGGCACCCUCUAUCCAUCUGGGUCAUACUGAGUUGAAAGCUGCUACGACAGCAAAAUUUGAUGGGAGAGCAAGAUCAAAGCAGCCACCACAAGUCUCGCAUUCCUCUGGGCCAGAGACGGAUAAUCCAGGCGAAAUCCACGCAGGUAACCCAGCAUCAGUAGAGCAAAACAUGAAGUUAAAAGAAGAAAUGGGAACGUUAAGGAAAGAGAUCCAGGAGCUCAAAAUGCAGUCUGCUUUUGGAUUACAAAGAUUUGCCGGAUCCGAUGAUGACAUUCAGUUCUACACAGGGUUUGCAAGUUACCGUCACUUCAUGAUGUUUUGGGGGCUGAUUGAGCCCUCUGUCCACAAAGUGAUUUACAGGUCAAGGUCCGAAGCUACUGAAAGAAGGAGUGAAGCCAUAAAUGCAUCACACACGAGGCAGUCAUUGCAACCCAUUGAUGAGCUGUUCCUAUUCCAAAUGUGCCUGGCUGCUGGUCUUGAGGAGAGAGACUUGGCAGACCGGUUUGGCAUUCACCCCUUGACUGUAAGCGGCAUUAUCUCUUCAUGGACCAACUACUUGUACACUCUCUUGGGUUCUGUGUGUAUCUGGAUUGAUGCUGAGGACAUUAAAGCUCACCUCCCUGAUGACUUCAAAGACUUUCCCGAUACUCAGGUGAUAGUUACUUGCACUGAGCUAAAAUGCCAAACCGCAUCCUCCACUCUCCCCCAACGUGAAAUGUUCUCCCCGUCUCACUGCACAAUGAAAGGUCUGAUUGGGAUGGCCCCCCAUGGCGCAGUGACCUUUGUUUCUUCACUCUAUCAGGGGUCGAUAAGUGACGAAGAACUCUUUAGGAGAUCAGGUUUGGCUGACCUUCUUACAGAAGACAUGGCCAUAGUGGUUGACGAAGGAUUCCUCAUGUCUGACUGUGUGGAUUGGAAGGUCUACUGUCCAGCUUUUCUUAGCCAAAAUAGCCAGAUGCUAGCACACAGCGGCUUCCAGAGACAGGAAAUUGAACGACUCAGCGCACAUGUGGAGAGUGUAAUCCGAAGGGUUAAGGAAAACAAACUGCUUGACUCGGUUAUACCGCUAUCGAUUGCUGGAAGCAUUAAGGAAAUUUUUACUGUGGCUUGCUUGCUAAUUAAUUACCAAAAUAAACCUCUUGUCAAGGCACGGGCUAAGUAACGCACAUGAAUAUAGACUUCACUUUACCGCGCAGACAGAAAGUAACUGGGUAGGUAAAUUUUGAACAUAAGCAAGUUGUAUAUUUCUAUAAAUAAGGAAUUUUUAUUUCCUUGUUCUGAAUGUUUUCUGAAAUGUAGACAAUGUCAACAGAUGUAGAGUCACAGCAGAAUGUUAUGAACUGAUGUCAUGAUGUAUAAAUUUCAUGAAUAAAUCUGAGUUGUUCCCAAACAGUCACUGAAUAUAAUUUUAAAUUAUUUUAAAAUGCAUUAAUUUAAAUAAAAUUA